AUGGAAGAAACUUUCAGUUAUAUUUCACCGCAAAACAACAAUCUGGAGACAUUUUCUCUUAUAUGGCUCGAAACAUCAUUGGAUGAAACGAAGAAGUAUAUUGAUAUUCAACAGCGUCUCCGAGCAUCGAUCAACUGUUUAAAGAUAUUUCAAGAUAGCGAUGAAUGUGAAAAUUAUCUUCGAUCUAUAUCGAAAGAUAAUCGAAUUAUUUUAAUCAUAAAUGAUCAGUCAGGUGAAGAAUUACUAGUAGUGUCUCGAAUUCAUCAACUCAGACAAGUUUUUUCGAUUUAUGUAUAUUGUACAUGUGAAGAAAGAAACCAACAAUGGACUAAAACAUUUCCUAAGAUAAAAAAUAUCGGUACACAAUUCGACACACUUGUGAAUGAAAUUGAAUCUAAUCAAAUGAGAAGUAUUCGUAAUAAAGUUGACGAACCAUUUCAAAUAAAUAUUUUCAAAAUGAACAGUUGCCAAGAUCUAUCGACUACUGGACUUAAUGGUCAAUUCGUUUAUUCACAUCUGCUUAUUGAUUGUCUACUGCGAAUGGAAUCGAAUCCAAAUGAUAAAAAGGAAUUGAUUGAUGUGUGCAGAAAAUAUUAUGAUGGGAAUGUAUCUCAAUUGAAUAUUUUAAAUGAGUUUGAACAUAAUUAUUCGCCUGAUAACGCUAUUUGGUGGUAUACAAGAGAAUCAUUUCUAUUUAGACUUUUAAACAAAGCCCUUCGUGUGCAAAAUNUCGACUAA